GGGCCGGGGCCGGGGCCGGGGUCCGGGAGGGCGCCUGCGGGCCGCGCAGGGGGCGCCGAGUUCUCGGGAACGUGUCCCCUUCUCCCACGCCCCGAGCCCUCCACCAUCCGGGCGGCCGAGGCCGGGGCGCGGGAGGCGGGGCCGGGGCGGGUCCCGGCGCGGGCGGCGUGUCUGAGCAGGAGCCGUGAGCUGCCCGCCCCGGCCGCGCCCCGAGCGAGCCUUGGAAAUGUCCGCGCCGGGGGAGCCGACGGCGGCUGCCCCGCGGGCCCCGAGGAGACGCUGAAGGUCGCCGGGAGGGAGCGAGCGCGCGGUCACCUGACCCCCGGGGCGCACCUAGGUGGGGCGGGGCCCAUGCGCGGCGGAGGCCGGGGGCCGGGGCGCGGGGGCCGGGCGCGGAGCGGAGGCGGCGGCGGGGACAGCUGCAGGGACAGCAGCCGGGACGCGGGCCGGCGAGGGCGCGGACGGGCACCGCCGGCGGCCUCGUCAUGUCCCAGCCCGCGGGGAGGAGGCACUGCCGAAAGGCGGGUAUCCGCGCGGCCGUGGUGCUCAUCGGACUCCUGCACAAAUCCCGGAGGCAGAAUAAAGAGAAAAGGAAGCAGGAUCUGGCCAACAGCUCGGAUGUGACCCUCCCAGACCGGCCGCUGUCCCCUCCUCUCACUGCGCCUCCCACCAUUAAGUCGUCGGAGUUUUUCGAGAUGCUGGAGAAAAUGCAGGGGAUCAAGCUUGAAGACCAGAAGCCAGGACCCCAGAAGAACAAGGAUGACUACAUCCCGUACCCCAGCAUCGACGAGGUUGUGGAGAAGGGAGGCCCGUACCCUCAGGUCAUCCUGCCCCAGUUUGGGGGCUACUGGAUUGAGGACCCGGAGAAUGUGGGCACCCCAACAUCACUGGGCAGCAGCAUCUGUGAGGAGGAAGAGGACAACCUCAGCCCCAACACGUUUGGCUACAAGCUGGAGUGCAAGGGCGAAGCGAGGGCCUACCGCAGGCACUUCCUAGGGAAGGAUCAUCUAAACUUUUAUUGUACUGGCAGCAGCCUGGGGAACUUGAUCCUGUCCGUCAAGUGCGAGGAGGCAGAGGGGAUUGAGUACCUCCGGAUCAUUCUCAGGUCCAAGCUGAAGACGGUGCAUGAGCGGAUCCCCUUGGUUGGACUGAGCAAGCUUCCCAGUGUCCCUCAGAUUGCAAAGGCUUUCUGUGAUGAUGCGGUGGGACUGAAAUUCAACCCUGUCCUGUACCCCAAGGCUUCCCAGAUGAUUGUGUCCUAUGAUGAGCAUGAUGUCAACAACACAUUCAAAUUCGGAGUCAUUUACCAAAAAGCCAGGCAGACUCUGGAGGAGGAGCUGUUUGGGAACAAUGAGGAGAGCCCAGCUUUUAAGGAGUUCUUGGACCUGCUGGGGGACACGAUCAUGCUGCAGGACUUCAAAGGGUUCCGAGGAGGCCUGGAUGUGACCCACGGACAGACAGGGGUGGAAUCUGUGUACACGACAUUCCGGGACAGGGAGAUCAUGUUUCACGUUUCCACAAAGCUGCCAUUUACCGAGGGAGAUGCCCAGCAGCUCCAGAGGAAGAGACACAUUGGAAAUGACAUUGUGGCCAUCAUCUUCCAAGAAGAAAACACACCGUUUGUCCCAGACAUGAUAGCCUCUAAUUUCCUCCAUGCCUACAUUGUGGUGCAGGUUGAGGCUCCAGGCACAGAGACCCCAUCCUACAAGGAACAGUGGCUGGGGCCUGAGCCGGAGAUGCUCACAGGAGAAUUUUCUUUGUACUCUGGGAGGGGGAGGAAGAAGGAGGUCUCUGUCACUGCGCGGGAAGAUGUGCCCACCUUUGGCCCACCUCUGCCGAGUCCCCCUGUUUUCCAGAAGGGCGCAGAAUUCAGGGAGUUUCUUCUCACCAAGCUCACCAAUGCCGAGAAUGCCUGCUGCAAGUCAGACAAGUUUGCAAAGCUGGAGGACCGGACCAGGGCUGCCCUCCUGGACAACCUUCACGACGAGCUCCACGCCCACACGCAGACCAUGCUGGGACUGGGCCCAGAGGAGGACAAGUUUGAGAAUGGAGGCCACGGGGGAUUCCUGGAGUCUUUUAAGAGGGCCAUCCGUGUGCGCAGCCACUCCAUGGAGACCAUGGUGGGCGGCCAGAAGAAGUCACAUGGCGGAGGCAUCCCCGGCAGCCUCAGCGGUGGCAUCUCCCACAACAGCAUGGAGGUCACCAAGACCACCUUCUCGCAGCCUCCAGUGGUGGCAGCAACUGCGAAGAACCAGUCACGGAGUCCCAUCAAGCGGCGGUCGGGGCUCUUCCCCCGCCUGCACACGGGCUCGGAAGGCCAGGGGGACAGCCGGGCACGAUGUGACAGUGUAUCCAGCACGCCCAAGACCCCAGAUGGCGGACACUCUUCUCAGGAGAUAAAGUCUGAGACCUCAUCCAAUCCCAGCUCUCCGGAAAUCUGCCCCAACAAGGAGAAGCCCUUUAUGAAGUUGAAGGAGAAUGGCCGUGACAUCUCCCGCUCCUCCUCCAGCACCAGCAGUGUCAGCAGCACCGCUGGGGAGGGCGAGGCCAUGGAGGAGGGCGACAGUGGGAGCAGCCAGCCGUCCACGUCACCCUUCAAGCAAGAGGUGUUUGUCUACAGCCCAUCCACGAGCAGCGAGAGCCCCAGCCUGGGAGCAGCUGCUACCCCGAUCAUCAUGAGCCGGAGUCCCACAGAUGCCAAAAGCAGAAACUCCCCGAGAUCGAACCUGAAAUUCCGCUUUGACAAGCUCAGCCAUGCCAGCUCCGGUGCGGGUCACUAAUGUGAAGCAGGACUCCUUUACCUGUCCAAGGGAAGCCCUGUUCUGCCUGGAGAAGGCUCCUGUUCUAGCAGUUUGGGAGUGCCGAACAUGACCCCGACAGCCCCAGGCCCGCCGCCCCACCGACCACCUGCUCACAGACCAGCCAUCGAUCUGGGUGUCCCAGGUGGUCACAGCCCUGCCCGCGUCGCCACCGACAUGCCCUCCAAGUACCUCCUGUCUCUGGACGAGGCCUCCUUCCUCAAGUUCCUCCUUCCUGACCUCCCAGUGUGAUGUCCAGGUCCUUUGUCAUCUUGUUCAGCCUGGAGAGGAAAAGAGUUGGGCAGGGAGGAGGGGGGGAGUGGAGGGAGCUCGGCAGUGACUGGGAGCUGAUCCGCCUCAGAAACCACGUUUGGGGUUGGGGUAGAGCCCAGCGAGGGCCUUGGCCACAGGGCAGUGCCUUCCUGGACAGGGCGGGCUUUUCCACCAGGAACGCUCUUGGUGGUGGUGGCGUCAUGCUCCCAGGAGUCAAGACUCGGAGUGUCCUUGAGGCCAUCCUGAUAAAAGUCAGCACUAUUGCCCCUGUAUCUCUGGAUCUCCAAAAUGUCCAUCUUUGCUUCUGUGCUGAGUGUCUUUCCCAUCUGCUGAUGUAGGCCCGGGGCUGCCUCCCCGGCUGCCAGAGUACCGUGAGCAGGACUCCAGCCAGUUCAAGCUCAGAGACAGCUGGAUGGGCCGGGGCCAUGCCGCAUGCUUCCCAGAUGGUGGCGGGCACUUUGUGUCCUGCCCAGCUUCUCACAGGCCCCUGAUUAUGGCUACUGUGGGGGAAGCCCUGAGGCGGUCUCUUCCCCUUGAGCAGAUAUUUAUUCCACAAAGGGGCGGGGGAGACCAGGAGGGAGAAGGAAUUCAGGGAGAGCGAAGGAGCCGUGCUGGGAGGCUGCUGUGUUGGUUGAGAGCCAGGCCGGGGCCCAGGUCUCUGCUGGCAGGGGACGUUCCAGGAAGACCGUUUCCCCUCCCCACUUACACGAGGGGAGAGUGAGGUAGGGAAGGUUUGCAGGUUCUGAUGGGGUCCAUGUAGGGGGAAGGGGCCCAGUGUCCCUCAGCCGCAUAUGCCCCUGGAGUCUUGGGGGGCCCAGCAUGGCCUUGGGGCCUUUCCAGCUACUGUGACCUUCAGCUACUAUGUCUGGGGCUCAACCCGCAAUCCUAUUCCCCUCUCUGGCUGGGGUCUGAGGCAGCUGUCACAUCUGAAAGAUUCCUGCAACCUGUGCCCCAUCUGGAUGUGGUUCAGACCCCAUGACCCACAUGCUCAGCAGAGCUCCCUUGCUGGGGCAGCCAGCUCACCCCCAGGACAUCUCCCCGGCUUCUUCCUUCCGAGCGUGCAGGCCCUGGACUUCUCUGCUAGUGGGCCUGGGUUGGGGUUAAGGUGGGCAUCCUCCAGGUAAAGCAAGCCUGAAGAGCAGCUUUCAGUGCAGACGGGCUGUGGAGGGACGCUGGCUGGCCCUUGCUGCCUGCUGCCUCCUGGGAGGGCUUUGUCCCUGUCUCUGAGCUGGUAGGCAGGAUGGCUGGGUGGCCCCAGAGAAGCACAGACCUGAGAUGGAGCCUCUACCUCUGGUUUGCUUUUGGAGUGCUCUGAGCAGGACCCCAAAGGCCCCCUCUGGUCCUGUGUCACUGUCUCUAGAAGCUCCAUCCUGUGGCUCCAUCCCAGGCUGCCAGUGCUCAGAGGGAGGAGGAGAACGGGGAUUGGCCCAGUCUCCCCUCCCUCCUCUGGCCCAUGGGACAGGCAGCUUGGGUUCCUGGGGGUCUGCUUCCUCCAUGCUCCCCUACAUCUGCUCUGAUCAAAAAUGUCUUUUAUGCUACGCCCAGUCGUGGGGCUUGGAGAUUUGCUCAGACCUCACUGGCCCUUGCGACGAGGCUCAUUUAGAUGGUGCUCAGGAUGGUAUUUGAGGGAUUUCCACUGUGAUGUCCACGAGUGGGUGUUGUCCAGGACAUGUCUCUGGCUCUGGGAACUGCCUGACCCACUGAAUAAACUGCUUUCCAGGCACUGCGGGCCCAACCAUAUGCCUCCAGCUCAGUUGAUGCUUAAAACAGGUGCAGAAAAGCUAGAGAUAGAAGGUCUUAAUGGGAGUUUCUGUCUGUGCCAGUGAAUGUAAAGGUGUUUCUUGAAAAAUAGUCAGUGGUUCAGCUUUGUCAGCAUUAUCUCAACACCCAAGCCUCUGGCUUCUUUUAGUACCUCAGCCAGCAAUGUCACUGUCCAGAUGAGAAAUCUUAGCCCAAGUGAGGGGAAUGACAUGCUUGAGGUCACACAGCUGGCUGGUGGCAAAGCUGGGAUUAGAACCCUCAACCCAGGAUCCCUUCCUCUGCAUGACCUAUGUGCUUUCCCGGGGCCCUGGGUUUUGGGGAAGACAGUUAGCUAGUGGUUUGGCCCUGGCGUGCAGCUGAUCAGUCAAGGAUGCUGGUGAGGCCUCGGUUUCUGCUUGCUUUCAUCAGGAGGGAUAGUCUUGGAUUUUCCAGUGAGGACCCUCAGGCUUUGGAUGGAAGGAAAUGAGGAGGAAAGGCGAUUGGGUGAUGUUCCCUGGUGGGAUUGGUUCUUCAGCUCCAGUGUGUAAUGAGGGUGGAGGCCAGGGAGAAGAUGCUGCCUACUAGCCCACAGCCUCCCUUUUCCUGAAUUAGGAGGAAAAGUGGUCCAAGAAAACUCGUUAUUUUUCCACAAAGUUGGUCAAUAAAAACCUGGGUGAGCACCUGUCUCACUUUCCUCCCAGACCCUUGAAGGUGCCAGUGCAAACACUACCUUUCUCAUUGGUUUCUAAGUCAGUAGAGACAGCUCUGUUUUGAGCAGUCAGGGGUUCGAGUAGAUCUCAUGGCUACAGGCAGCCAGCAGGGACCAGGCCGGCCAGCCAUGCUCAAGACCCCUCGGCUCCCCUCAGUCUCCAGCUACCCGUCAUCAAGGCAAGGGAAGGCCAGUAAAGUUUGCCAAGGCUGAUCCUGCAGCCUGGCGGGGCUGGCUGGGGUAUUUUUUUACCAAGCUCUGUUUUACCACCAGCCCCUGUCCACCCUGAUCCCAUGUCUCCCUCCCUUCAGCUGAGCUAUGUGCUCCUUUGGAAGACCAGCCCCACCAGGGCCAAGGGAAGCAGAGCCCUGCUGAGUGGGGCCGUGGCUCUGUCCUGCACCUUACUGGCUCUGGAGAGGGGGGCAUUUGUCUGGAAGACUGGAAUUGAAUUGCCAUAGUCUUUGAUUUUGUGACGUUUUUGCUUGGACUCGUAAAUCACCCUUCCUGCCCCUUAGCAUGUGUGCGGCUCCUCCUUGUCAUGAGUGCUCCCCUUGGACGGUGCAGCUCGGGGCACACUGACAUAUGAGCGUGCAGAUUCCCCUGUGUGAAGAACCUUAGGUAGAACCUCAGGACGGUGGCUUGGAAGAGAUGCUUCACGGGAUGAUGACUUUCCUUUCUUUCCUCUUAGUGAGUGGGUGAUUCUAGGCCCCAACUGCCUAUGUCAUGUAAAUAAUGUACAUUUAAUUUAUUGCUAUGGUAGCACAUUGUAUUUGUUAAUGUACAAAAAAAAUUCUAAAAGGUUGACAGAUGUAUAUUUUGUUGCUUAAAUGUGUCUUUGCAGAAAUUGACAAUAAAUAACAUAUUUUGUGUCCA